AUGGUGGCUGAUGGAGCGGAGCCAUCGACGAGAGUCGUAAAGACAGGAGGAAGAAAAAAAAACUUAAAUGGCUAUGGGGCCGCGUGCUGCGGUUUUGCCAUCCCCGAGUCUCCCGCCAAGGUUCUUGUAAUGGUGUGUAAAAUUUUAGGGCAACAUUUGAAACUCAUUGGAAGCCGAUUUAACUCGACAAGGACCCCGCUUUCCCUCCGGCAACGGAACUCUGCCCGAAUACCUUCAGGUAGGUCAGCCUGGAAAAAGAAAACCUUUAGUUCAAACAACGUGGAACAUUUAUCAUCGACGGCAUCAAGAUAA